AUAAAUCUUUUUAUAUAUAUAUUUUUUCUUGAUAGUUGUGGUUGCUUCAAUGUCGGAAUCAGUAAAGCGUUGCUUUUUUUGUGUGUCGAGCGAGCGAUUGAGAAUUUUUUUUAAAAAGUGGUAGUGACUUUUAGGCUGCUGCCGAUGGUGACUAAUGCUAUGUUUUAGCAUUAGCAGCUAGCGGUAGACCGGUACAUGUGUCCGAAAAUAUCCAGCACGAAUGUUGGCAACCAGAGCACUUCGUCUUGUUGGUAAACGGGCCUUAUCCACUUCCAUCUGCCUUCGUGGUGGGCAUGGAGUUGCUAAGGUUGAGGACUACACACUCCCAGCAUACUUUGACCGGCGGGAGAACCCCCUUCCUGACAUCAAGUUUGUGCAGCAGCUGAGUCCUGAGCAGAAGUCUCUGAAGGAAAAAGAGAAGGGAUCCUGGGCUGUGCUGUCCAAAGAGGAAAAGAUUGCAUUGUAUCGUAUCAGCUUCAAAGAGAGCUUCGCUGAAAUGGAAAAGGGAACAGGAGAGUGGAAAUCAGUAGUUGCUGGAAUUUUCUUUUUCAUUGGCUUCACUGGCCUAGUUGUAUUGUGGCAGAGGAAGUACGUUUAUGGAGAUGUCCCACAUACCUUUGACCCUGAACAUAAGCAGAAGGAGCUCCAGAGGAUGUUGGAUAUGAGGAUCAACCCUGUUGAGGGCUUUUCAGCCAAAUGGGACUAUGAAAACAAUGCUUGGAAGAAAUAAAUUGUUUUGUACAUGUUGAUCUGUUGGACCCACCCCGUCUAACCAAUCAUCCAAUAAACAGAUAAGUCUGUAUUUAUCAAUUUGUCCACCUUUUACCUCAAAAUGAUUUUGGAAGAUUGCUUCCUCUUAUGGUUCUGUAUCAUAAAUAAAAUUCCAAUAUGUAUCAAA